AUGCAUGCUACUGUGAGAAAAGAAUUAAUUAAAAAAUUCGAGAACUCCAUUGAAGAAGGAGAAUGUAAAAUCAUCAGUAACUUUACUGUUACUCACAAUGGUGGAAGGUUCAGGACCACAUCUCAUCCCUACAAGAUUCAAUUUGCAGGAACUACUUCCGUUAGGCCCUCCGAGGAAUUGCCUCCGCAUAUCAUUGGUUUGAAAAGUGUGAACUUCAGUGAUAUCCAUGAUGGAAAACUGAAUCCUGACUUCUUGAUAGACGUCAUUGAUCAGAUUGUGGACAUUAGGGAUGUUAAAAUUCUUAACGUAAACAAGAAACAAACCAAGCGGCUUACCAUUGAUGUUCGUUUGAAUUGUGUUCUUCGGGGAGAUUAUGCUGAGGAAUUAGAGGGAGUUGUUCAAAAUUGUAAUGAAGCUAUUGUUACAUUUGUCUUAAGAUUUGAAAAAUUAAGACUUUACCAAGUAUGUAGUCUGCCAAACGAUAGUCUUUCUCUAAGUUACACACAUCCUAAUCAGUUGACCGUGUUCAAUACUAUCUCUGUGAGAGAUGACUAUUUCCUUCACAGUCCUCGCAGAACAAUAAGUGAUAUUAUUUCUGCAUCUGAGGUCUCUAAGUGUGUUACUAUGUGCACUAUAAUGUCUAUUGACACUGAAUUUGGAUGGUACUACAUGUCUCAUCGAUCCUGUGGCAAAAAAGUUCUGCCCCAUGACAUGGAUGCAAUAAAAGAGAAGUAUCCUGGAAGGAAGUUUCCUAAACACUUAUGGAAAUGUGAAAAGUGCAAUGAAGAUGUUCAAGAUCCUGAUGUUCUACCGUUAGCAUUGAGUAACAUAAUACGAAAGACAUUUCUGUUCAAGAUUGCUAUACAAACUUCAAAUAUAGUUUUCAAUAGUCCUGCUUACAAAGUAAUCAAGAUUAUUACUCAGAGUGAUAUGGUGAAGGAGUUCAGUAAAUUUACGGCCUCGCAGAAUACACCUGAAUCUAAGUUUGCUGGAAGAUUGCUUAUGCCAAAUGAUGAGAAGGUCCCAAUGUUGCUUCUUGAAAGCGAUCAAGGUGAAACCACUACUCUUUCCAAACGAAAGAGCAAUGACAAUGAAGAAGAUUCUGAACAUGCAGAUGAGCAGUCAGUAGCAAAGAAGAAGUAUGUCAGAAACGAAGGGAAAAUAGCAGGAAUUGAGGAACAAAUGAUGAAGAUCAUCAAGAUAGAGAAGGACCAUGUUAAAGUGUGA